UCUCGCUGGGUGGUUUUUUUUUUUUUUUUGCUCCGUUAGUCUGAAAACAGGAACGUUUGCAGAGUUCGGCGGUCUGUCGAGGUGUUCAAUCAGCGAUCGGAAACAAGGUUGUUGGAAGCCCCUGAACGCCAGUCAUGUCACAGUUGAGUGGGAAGGUCCAGACGGUCCUGGGUCUGGUGGAUCCGGGCCAGCUGGGCCGAACGAUGACCCACGAGCACCUGACCAUGACAUUUGAAUGCUGCUACUUCCCCCCUCCUCCGGGCGACGAGGCGGUUGCAGAGAACCCGUUCCAGAUGCGGCACAUGCACUGGCUGAGGCAGAACCCCUACAGCUGCCACGAGAACCUGCUGCUGCAGCAGGAGACGGCCGCCGUGCGGGACGAGCUGCUGGCCUACAGGAAGGCCGGCGGGGGCGCCGUCGUGGAGAACACCACGGCGGGCAUCGACCGUGACCUGCCCACCCUCAAGCAGCUGGCCGAGGACACCGGGGUCCACGUCGUCGCGGGGGCGGGCUACUACGUGGACUGCACCCACACGGAGGCCACCAAGAGGAUGAGCGUGGAGAAGCUCACGGACGUCAUCGUCGGCGAGGUGCUUCACGGCGCCGACGGCACGGACAUCCGCUGCGGCGUGAUCGGGGAGAUCGGCACCGGCUGGCCCAUCACGGAGAGCGAGACCAAGGUGCUGAGGGCCACCGCUCACGCUCAGGCUCAGCUCGGCUGCCCCGUCAUCAUCCACCCCGGGAGGAAUCCCGCCGCUCCGGCCGAGGUCGUCCGGAUCCUGCAGGAGGCCGGCGGCGACAUCGGCAAAACUGUCAUGUCACAUCUGGACCGGACCAUAUUUGAUGAGGGGGAACUGCUCGAGUUUGCGAAGCUGGGGAGUUACCUGGAGUACGACCUGUUUGGAACGGAGAUGCUGAACUACCCGUACGACCUGCAGCUGGACAUGCCCAGUGACAGCCAGAGAGUGAAGUGCUUGGCGUUCCUGGUGAAGGAGGGCUACGGCGACAAGGUGUUGGUCGCACACGACAUCCACACCAAGAACCGCCUCACCAAGUACGGCGGCCACGGCUACUCGCACAUCCUGAGGAACAUCGUGCCCAAGAUGCUGAUGAGGGGCAUCUCGCAGCAGCAGGUGGACCAAAUCCUCAUCGACAACCCCAAGCGCUGGCUGACCUUCAAGUGAAGCAGAAGGAGCGACCUUCGAGGGCGCCGUUAUUUUAUCUUCAGGUGGUUAUCGAGCACCUGAAGCUCAGCGCAAACUAAUUUAGAAAUGUGCACUUGGACCCUCGAACCAAUGAGCUGCAUUCAUUUGACCUUAGUGCCAAUGUUUGUCUUACCGAUUGAACUGUUGUGACUAUUCUAUUAUUCACCUUGUAAGCAAAUAUUAGGGAGGAGCUCCUCAGGAUCACAGCAAUUCUUGCCUGACGCAUGGCACAUAAAAAAUAGCAUUUUCCUGCCUUGAUAAAGGCAGUUGCAAUUCAAAACAACAUUUUUUUUUGCUCACAAAUAAAAUAAAAUUUAGCUUCGCCUCUUGUUUACGGUCUUUGUUUGGUGUCACUUCCAUCCCAUAAAACCCGCUGGGUCUUGUGGGAUGGAAGUGAUGAGCCCGCCAGUCAUCAGUACGGCCCCCCCGCCCCCCUCCCUCUCAGCGGGUCUACACGGCUGCCUGUGGGAGGCGCGCCGGGUGAAGGACACGUUCUCCUCUCACCUGGGAACAGGUGGCCUCACAAAGGGGGGGGGGGGGGAACUCCACCACACCCGUCAAAGCCGCAGGAAUUUAUUUUUCAGUGAUAUUUUACACAUACAGACGGACAGGCUCGGCAAUCAUCAGGCGCGGUUAAGGGUCAGCGUGUGCCCCCCCCCCCCUCUCCCCGGGUUUUGGGGGAUGGUGACUGAGCGCCAUCCUGUCGCCCCAACCAGCCGUCACGUUGAGACAAGAAAGGUUUACAAUGGUUAUGGUGAGACCGUGCUUCAAUGUGAACAUCAGAACGGCCCUUUACAGAAGUGUUUUUACAUAAUCAUGCAUCACUACGAUCUUUUUUUUUUAACAUUUUCACUUUGAAAGGCAACAAAAUGUAUUUUCAACAAAUAAAGCACACGUGGACUAACUA